AUGGCCAGUUGGACUUUGGCGCUGCUCCGCCUGCUCGGAGCUGUACAGUGGAGCUGGACGUGGACGCCAGUAAGGGCACCGUAUUCCCAAGCACAUAGCUAUCUGAAUGCGGCACAACGUCCGCUCUGGAUACUCGAGGAUGAGCUGAUGAAGCAUCAUCGCGUGGAUAGAUCGGAGGCAGACUAUGACACGACAACCCAUGAAACAACUUCACGACGAAUGAGGCAGGAUCGAGAACUACAGCCACCGCCCAUUAGAAUUGUGGUGCGACCGGAUGCACCACCUCCUCCUCCGCCUCCGCCUCCCCCUUUGAUGGUACCGUACUAUCAACGACCUCACCGCUUGCAGAUACCGAGUCACUACGUCCAGCAGCGACGCCAGAGUCCGUCCAUGUUACGGCGGCAGCCAAGGACGGAGCAACGAAGUCGCCAGCCGCAGUCGUUGCCCAUAUUUGAUAAUGCACCUGGGGACAACACCUUGUCGGCGACCAGUUAUCCAAUCUUUGUCUACAAUGGCACCAAAGGUGAGCUCCUGGUCAACACAAUGCUGAGUGCCCAACGGUAUCCGAUGCAGGAGCCGGUGCCUGGUCAAAUACUCUAUCCGCCCUCGACUCCCAUGUUUCGACCCAAGCCCAUUGUGGAGCGCUUCCGACUGCCCGGUCAGAGGGAGUUGCUCAACUUGACGCUGAUUCCCUUCUAUGCCCAUGAGGCAAUCACCUCGGCGCCAAUAACAACGACACCGACAAUGUUGAUAGAUUCAUCCACUACUCCAAUGCCGAGACCUUACGAAACUCAAAUGCCGCCUAGCAAACGCAGAAGGAAUCCAAAGAAGGCCAAGCAGUAUAACGCCUAUCGAUCACCCCAGGAGGUGAUGCAACGGCAGCCAGUGCUGCGUGCAUCACCGGCACUGGCAGCACCCAACAAUCAUCGUCAUCACCUGGCUGCAGACACCGAAUUCUUUGGCAGCCCAGCAGAGGGAUUGGAACAGGCGUUGCUCGAGGAGCUUGAGGAGCUGGGCUCUGAGGUGAAGGAGCCCAUCGAGCAGAUAGAACUGGAAGAGCAGCAGCAACUGGAAGAGACCACCAGCGUUGGCGGCGGCGGCAGCAGUAGCAGUAGCAGUUCCUUACAGAUCGUCUACAUGGACGACAGUCUGGAGUCACCCACGGACACCCUGGCCAGCACCACGGCGGUGCCACAUCCGCAACGCCAGAGCUCACGUUAUUCCAUGAAACGCGAGUACUUUGCCUUCCCCGUCUACACGUUGGGCAAACUGCUGCAGGAUCAGAAGAGCGACAAAAUCCGAAUGGGGCACAUUGUGAAAAUGAAUGACUCCACGGAGCAUGGAGACACUUGGUUCAUCUUAAAUUCACGCUAUAAAGGACCCCAUCGCAAUGGCCAGAAGAGUAGUCAAAACAAGUACUUCACUUCAAAGUAUGUACAGAAUUCCAAGGGGACCUCGAGUUAA